UGUUCAUCUUCAGCUCCUAAACACCAACUACUUUACCAACCAAUCAUUCUCACUGAUUCUCAUCGAUCACCCCUCGAUAAACCAACCCCCAAAAAAUGCCACCAAAGACCUCUCAAAAGAGUUUACCUACCGAUCCCAAGAGUGCAUCGAUUCCAACUCGAGUUAAAGAUGUGACUAAGAUGAAUCCGAAUGCGGUUACACCUGUGAAUGGUGCUAGUGGUAGUGGUGGUAGACCUGAUAAAGCUGCUUAUGAACGUGAACAAACUAGUUUGAAGGUUGAAAUUGACACUCUUCAAGCCAAAGUGACAGCUAUACGUGCACAGAUUGGUGAUCCUAAAGGUGGUGCUGGUGGAAAUCCAUUACAAGAACGUCGUAAGAAGUUAAGGAAUGAAAUGGAUAGUUUAAGAGAAGAACAAUCUAAAGGCAAAUCUUCCAGAGGUAAACUUUUGGAUCAAAUUAAAGCUGGUAAUGAAAGUGUACAACGAAAAAUCAAGGAACUGAAUACCAGUCGAGGAAAGUUGCCUUACAAGUCAAGUGCAGAAGUAGAAGCCAAGAUUCGACAAUUAGAUUCCCAAAUCGAAAGUGGUACGAUGAGAAUUGUUGACGAAAAGAAAGCGCUAGCAGAAAUUCAAAACUUGAAAAAACAACGUAAAUUGGUAGAUGCCUUUGGUCCACAACAAGAGGCUAUCGAAGCUGAAAAGGCAAAAGUAGAAAAUUUAAGGAAAUUAUUAGAUGAUCCUGAAAAUAAAAAUGUGAAUGAUCGUUGGGCUGCUAUCAAGGAGGAAUUAGAUCAGAUCAAUGCUAAGCUUAAUGAGGCGAACAAGGGUCGAGAUAAGUUAUUUGAAGAACGUAACCAACUUCAAGAUACUUUAACUGAGUUGUUUACCAAAAAGCGAGAGUCUGCAACUCGCUACAAAGAAGCUAAUGAUAAAUACUAUGCUAAGAUGCAAGAAGACAGACAACGUAGGAUCGAAAGACAAAAGACUGAACGUGAAGCCCUCGAAGCAUCUGAAUUAAAAGACAUUCACAACGAAAUGCGGGAAGAAGCAUCUGCUCCAGCAUACGAACGUGAAAUAGAAGACUGUCGAACGUUGAUCCUCUAUUUCGAUAAGUUAAUCGGUAACGCAGGCAACAGUGAUCAACCUAUUGAAGCACCCGUCUUCGGCAAGACAUCUAGCGUUGCACUCCCUAAAUUAGGUGAUGUUAGAAAAGUUGAAGAGGCUGAUGCAUUUCAAGGAAUGGUGGCAGUGAAGAAGAAAGGAUCAGAACAAGAAGAAGAGUUCUUUAUGGGAGGUGGUAAUAAAAAAGGCAAAAAGAAUAAAAAGAGUCCACCUGAAUCGACUGCUGCACCUGCAACACAAGCCCUUCAAUUACCUUUGUCGACUCUGAAUGCGCUUCAUGCGUUAGCUAUAUCGGUCCCAAUGACUCGAGAUGAUGUUGCGGCGACGAUCACCUCACUUUCGGAAAAGAAAAAAUGGUUCACGGACAACCAGGAACGGGUCACCAAGGAGAGGAUAGCAGAUGUAGAAGCCAAGAUAGCAGCAGCGGAAGCGAAAUUGAAAGCCAAAUUAGAAGCCAAAGCUAAGGCCGAAAACAACGGAUCUGAUGAUAAAGAAGUUAACGGAGCAACUGAAGCAUCCUCACCUGAGGCUUAAAAAGAGGGUUUCACUUUCCAUCCUAGAAUAAUUUCACUUGGCAAAAAAACGGUUUAAACAUCUCUCCUCUCAUCUUGCUUUUAUGCUUGAAAAGACAUCACACAUGUCUUCAUCUUAAUAAUUGCUUGUUCCUUUUUUUCCAAAGUACAUAUGGUGAUCUAUUCACUUGUUCAACUGAUUUGUUCUUUACAUACUUGUGAAUUGACUUUAUAAGCACUGUCUCUUUACAUGUAUCUCUUCAGUACCUUUAAAGUCGACCUAUAUGGCGAUUUUCUCUUUCAUGUUUUUCCUGCAGAACCAUAGCUUAAAUUUGAGUCAUUGCGU